GUUUUAAUCAUAUGCAGAGGGAGUGAGAGAGAGAGAGAGAGAGAGAGAGAAACCGAAGAUAUUACACUGAGUUUGUAGAAUGGCGUCCAAGCUAUGUGACUCGUGCAAAUCGGCGACGGCAAGGCUCUUCUGCAGAGCUGACUCCGCGUUCCUCUGCGUCAGCUGUGACUCCGAGGUUCACGCUGCUAACAAGCUCGCGUUGCGGCACGCGCGGGUGUGGGUGUGCGAGGUGUGCGAGCAGGCGCCUGCUCACGUGACCUGCAAGGCCGAUGCAGCGGCGCUGUGCGUGACCUGCGACCGAGAUAUCCACUCGGCGAAUCCGCUCGCGCGUCGCCACGAGCGAGUGCCGGUGACUCCUUUCUAUGACUCGGUGAGUCCCGUUCCCGUGAAGCCUAACGGUGCUGUUAACUUCCUCGAUCACCGUCAUUUCAACGACGUUGACGGUGGGGCCGACGUGAGCCGAGAGGAAGCGGAGGCAGCAUCCUGGCUGCUGCCGAAUCCGAACCAGAAGGCUGUGGAGAGUCCGGAUGUGAAUACCGGUCAGUAUGUGUUCUCUGAGAUGGAUCCGUAUCUGGAUCUGGAUUACGGUACGGUGGAUCCAAAAAUAGAAGUGCAAGAACAGAACAGUUCUGGUACUGACGGAGUAGUUCCCGUUCAGGGCAAGAGCAUCCAACCUCCAAUGGUGAACGAUCACUGCUUCGAUUUGGACUUCUCCGGUCCCAAACACUUUGCCUAUGGCUACGCCGCUCAGUGCGUCAGCCACAGUGUAUCUUCAUCAUCUCUGGACGUCGGCGUGGUACCAGACCACAGCGGCAUGAUGGACGUAUCGAAUCCGUACGGUCGUGGACCGGAAUCGACUACGCAUAAGACGAUGCAGCUGUCGUCGGUGGACAGAGAAGCGAGGGUGCUGAGGUACAGAGAGAAAAGAAAGAACCGGAAGUUUGAGAAGACAAUUCGUUACGCUUCCCGUAAAGCCUAUGCCGAGAUGCGUCCACGCAUCAAAGGAAGGUUCGCAAAGCGCACCGACGUCGAAGUCGAAGCCGAAGCCGACCACGGCAGCACCUACGGUUUCGGCGUCGUUCCCUCGUUUUAAUUUUAUGUAAUAAUAUUAUGUUAAUAAAAACGCGUUUAUCAGUUGGAUUAGGGAGGUCGGUUCCCUUAACGAAGUGUUCGAUAUAAGUGUUAAAAAAGUUUUUUCUAAAUAUCAUUGGAUUUAACUCCAUUUAGAUUAGUUAAGUUAAAUGUGAUUUUUGUAGGAGAGUUGGUAAAAGUAAAAUAAAUUAAAGACACAUUA